AUGUUUAUGAACGCAGAGCCCCGGAUUGUCUUGAAUGACUUCGAAACCUUUGUUCCAGUCUAUAGAGCGGACCCGAUGCAUCAAAGCCUUGUUGAAAUGACGAACAAAAAUAACGAUGUGAAGUUCUGGAAUGGUUUUGGGUCCGUGGCUCCAUCGCAGCAGAAUGGCAACUGGAAUCAACGAAUACCAAUAGAUACCUUCGGCAGUGUCGAAACCCCACAAGUAAGAGCCACUUUCCACAAAAUCAAGAAAAGGUGUGAUAAGAACAACUAAUAAAAUAAAGGUGCACAACACAGGUUAUGAAAGAUACUUUGUUGAACAAUCUCCAACUUCUGUGCCUCCUCUUGCAGUGAACCAUCUACCAAGGGUAGGCUCAUAUACGAUUUCGACUCAACAAGAACAGACUUACAAGAGAUCGUUGAUGCAGCAUCAUGCUUCGACAGGUAUGAUGAAUCAGUUCCAGGAACAGGAUCCAAUGCUUGCAACUCCAUAUCAUCGAUGGGACUAUGGACGAGAUGGCUUGACGGAAUUUGCAGCCUCUCAGUCAGGAUAUCAGGGAUAUCCAUAUAACAUGAAUUCGAACGAGACAGAUAUCAAGCCAUUUGGUCUGCAAUCGUCUGUUCCAUCAAAUCAGCCAUCGUAUACAAAUCAAGGGUCGUUAUCAAUUCCAACUUACGAUUCAACAUAUCCGACCUAUGCGCCGACGAGUACGCCCCUGGCUUCUCAACCCUCAACAAACUACGACAUGGCAAGCUCCAGCACAGAUGAGCCGUCGUGGAUGCUAGCAUCAAAAGCCCCUCUCUAUCAAAAUCCUUUUGGGUACCCUCCAACUCACCAUGGCUUGCCACAUUCGGUAAACACUUCCAGCCAACAACCGCUACAGCAACAGAGCUAUCUAUGGGAUUCGGAUGCCGAUGCCGACAUGAUAAAGUGGAAUCCACAUGCUGAUACACCAAGUACCAUCUCCCCCCAAAAAAUGCAUCUAGCAAACGUUUCGCCGCCCGCAUCAUUUUCGUAUUCUGCCUCUGGUCCAGAAACCUCGUCAACUCAGACAGAUUCGUCCAGCGGCGCUGAGGAUUCAGAUUAUCCAGCAUCUGAGAACUUGAAGGUUCUCAAAGAGCCAACCCCUAUUCGUCCAACACGUCAAAAGCUUCCAGACUGUUCAGGUCCCCACAGGCAAGCACCAAUUUUACCAAGCAGUGACUACAGAUCAACCACCAAGGGCAGAAAGGAUCCUAUACCGAAGACCAAAUCAAUUAGACACAGCCGGACAAAAUAUCAUUCAAAUGAAAACGGGAGAACGCCAAAAAUCGAAAAGGCUUCCAAGCAUGCGGCAGAGUCAAGGUCACAAAACUCGACGCCAAAAAAACUCCAACCAAAUGGCCCAACACCAACAUCUGAUUGGAAUGGUACUCCACAACCGAGCGCUAAAAUCCAAGCCGUGAACCCACAGAAUGCUAAAGACCAAUUUCUCGUUGAGUCCAAAUUAGCUGGGAUGUCGUACAAAGACAUCCGCCGAAAGGGGGGUUUUACUGAAGCGGAGUCAACAUUACGAGGCCGGUUCCGCACUUUGACAAAACACAAGUUAGCUCGAGUAAGAAAGCCGGCAUGGACUGAAAAUGACGUGCGUUUAUUGACAUCCACUGAGUUAUCUAAGAAGCUGACAUUACUGUAGAUUGCUCUAUUAAGAAAAGCUGUCCGCAAGCUGACGCACGGAACCGAUCCCAAUCACUGCAAAGUUCCUUGGAAGCAGGUUGCCGAAUACAUCGCCAAUAAUGGCGGAUCCUACCACUUUGGAAAUGCCACUUGUAGGAAAAAAUGGGAUAAACUCCAAAGAGAAUCUGGAGCAGAAAUUGCAAGCGAGGACAAAUUCAGAUGA